AUGGCUCUCACAGCACAACAAAUAGCCACGGUCAAGUCAACCGCCCCCAUUGUCAAGCAAUAUGGCACAACCAUCACCACAACCUUCUACCGCAACAUGCUCAGCGCCCACCCCGAGCUGAAGAACUACUUUUCUCUCAAGAACCAGCAAAGCGGUGCGCAGCAGACUGCUCUCGCCAACGCCGUCUUUGCCUAUGCCGCUUACAUCGAUGACCUGCCCAAGCUGAACCACGCCGUGGAGCGCAUCGCUCAGAAGCAUGCUUCUCUCUUUAUCAAGGCUGACCAGUAUCCCAUUGUUGGCAAGUAUCUGGUCGGUGCCUUUGCUGAGGUUCUGGGCAGUGCGUUGACGCCCGAGAUUGCAGAGGCGUGGAUUGCCGCCUACGGUCAACUGGCCGAUGUCUUUAUCAAGCGCGAGAAGCAGAUAUACGACGAGGCAGGCGAGUGGCAGACCUGGCGCAAGUUCAAGAUUGUGGGUAAAGAGGCCGAGACGGACAGCAUUAUCAGCUUGUACCUCGAGCCGGUUGAUGGCAAAGCUUUACCGGGGUUCAAGCCCGGACAAUAUGUGUCACUGCAGCUGCCCAUUCCCGAGUUGAACGGGCUAUUGCAAAGCCGUCAGUUUAGUUUGAGCGUUGCUCCCGAGAACAACAUGCAUCAGUACCGUGUGUCUGUGAAGAAGGAAGCCGUUGCGGAUGGUCUUACGACGGAAGAUCUGGCGGCGGGUAAAGUUGCCGGCGUCAUUUCCAACAGACUCCACGAGCGGUAUAACGUCGGUGACGAGGUUGAACUCAGCCCUCCUCACGGCGAGUUCUUCUUUGACGCUACGACUGCGACGGCAAAUACUCCUGUGGUGUUGUUGUCUGCUGGUGUUGGAGCUACGCCGCUGGUGUCCAUCCUCGAUUCCAUCUUGAAGUCUCCCAAUCCUGAGAGACCGGUUACCUGGGCUCAUGCCGCUCGACAAGCUGCAUCGGUGUGUUUCGGUAAACACAUUCGCGAUAUCACAGCCACUGCCAGCAACAUUAAACCUGCUUUGUUUGUGAAGAACGUCCAAGAUGGGGAUAAACUCGGCAGGGACUACAACUUUGCCGGCCCGUUGAGCUUGGAUAAGCUUGCCGACGAGGGUGCAUUAUUCUUGGAAGACGAAAAAGCCGAGUACUUUAUCUGCGGGCCGGAAGAUUGGAUGGUCAAGAUGAGGGACGGAUUGACAGGCAAGGGCGUACCCGUCGAGAGGGUUCAUCUGGAGCUGUUUAGAACCGGAGAUGUAUGA